GCGGACGUGCGAGCGCUUCUGUCGCGCCGAUCUCCGUGUGGCUUUGUCGUCGGUCGAUACGCGCGGGGUCGCAGCGGCGCCGGUGGGUGGUGCGCCUUCAGCAGACGUGGUUGAGGAGCGUCGACGGCUCUCGGGGGUGGUGUCGGAACGGGCGCGACGGGUGCCGGAGACGAGGUGACGGGUGUUCGCCGCGCGGCCAUGCGCUCCCGCGGUGACGGCCCGGCGGCAGCCGCCUGGCAGGAGGGCAGCGGCCACCCGCUGCUGGCCGGAUACAUGGACAUGGUGCGACUGUUCUGCGCACUCUGCAAAGACCACCACGCGCUGGAAUUUCAGCACGGCGACGGUGAUCACUGGCACGACUGGACCACAAUUUACCGCAGGGCAGACGCCAUUCCUGAUGACUACGACGAUGAAGGAAAACAGGUGGUGGUCGGCAUCUGUGCCAUGGAGAAGAAGUCGGGCUCCCGUCCGAUGAAGGAGAUCCUCACCCGGUUGGAGGAGUUUGAGUAUAUCAAGUGUCUCAUCUUCCCCGAACAUGUCAUACUCAAGGAGCCGGUGGAAAACUGGCCACUGUGCGAUUGUCUCAUAUCGUUUCACUCCAAGGGCUUCCCGCUGGAAAAGGCCAUCCAGUACUCACAGCUGCGGAAACCGUUCAUCAUCAACAACCUACAGAUGCAGUAUACGCUACAGGACCGGCGCAUGGUGUACCGGCUACUGGAGCGAGAGGGUAUCGACCUGCCCCGGUUCGCCAUCCUGGACAGGGACGCGCCAGACUUUGUCGAAGAGCGUGACUUCCUCGAGAGUGAUGAUGUGGUGGAAAUAAACGGCAUCACCUUCAACAAGCCGUUCGUGGAGAAGCCGGUGUCUGCUGAGGACCACAACAUCUACAUUUACUACCCGUCGUCGGCCGGCGGCGGCAGCCAGAGACUCUUCCGCAAGAUCGGCAGCCGCUCGAGCGUCUACUCGCCCGAGUCCCGGCUCCGGCGGACCGGCAGCUACAUCUACGAGAACUUCAUGCCCACGGACGGCACUGAUGUGAAGGUGUACACGGUCGGGCCCGAGUACGCGCACGCCGAGGCCAGGAAGUCGCCGGCCCUGGACGGAAAGGUCGAACGGGACCAGGACGGAAAGGAGGUGCGCUACCCCGUCAUUUUGACCAACAACGAGAAGCUGAUCGCCCGCAAGGUGUGCCAGGCAUUCAAGCAGACCGUGUGCGGGUUCGACCUGUUGAGAGCCAACGGGCGAUCGUACGUCUGUGACGUCAACGGCUUCAGCUUUGUCAAAAACUCCAACAAGUACUACGACGACUCGGCCAAGAUCCUGGGCAACAUGGUGCUGCGGGAGCUGGCGCCGACGCUGCACAUCCCGUGGUCGGUGCCGUUCCAGCUGGACGAUCCUCCGAUCGUGCCCACCACCUUCGGCAAGAUGAUGGAGCUGCGCUGCGCCAUAGCCGUCAUCCGACACGGAGACCGCACGCCCAAACAGAAAAUGAAAAUGGAGAUCAGACAUGAAAAGUUUUUCGCCAUUUUCCACAAGUACGACGGCGGUCAGCAGGGCCACAUCAAGCUGAAGAAGCCCAAACAGCUGCAGGAGAUCCUGGACGUGGCGCGCGAGCUGCUGGAGGUGUCACCCGAUCACCCGGAGGUCGCCAAAAAGCGAGCCAAGCUCGAGCAGCUGCGCAACGUCCUCGAAAUGUACGGCCACUUUUCCGGCAUCAACAGGAAGAUCCAGCUCAAGUAUCAGCCCAAGGGGUGGAAACGCAGCAGCGAAACCGAAACGUCGGACGACCCGUCUCUGGUGCUGGUGCUCAAGUGGGGCGGUGAACUGACUCCGGCCGGUCGAGUCCAGGCCGAGGAGCUCGGCAAAAUUUUCCGUUGUAUGUACCCGGGAGGCCAAGGUAUAAUGCAGCCGUGGGGAUCAGGAAUGUCGGAGGGCUUCCCCGCAUAUCACUGGGAGUACGCCGGUACACAGGGGCUCGGCCUGCUGAGGCUCCACUCCACCUACCGGCACGACCUCAAGAUCUACGCGUCCGACGAGGGUCGUGUGCAGAUGACCGCCGCUGCGUUCGCGAAAGGUCUGCUGGCGCUAGAGGGAGAGCUCACCCCGAUCCUGGUACAAAUGGUGAAGUCAGCCGACACCAACGGACUCCUGGACAACGACUCCGACUCGAGAAACCUACUCAACAUGGUGAAGAGCCGGAUCCACGACCUGUUCCAGCAGGACCGCGACUUCACCGAGGACGACAUCCAUCAGCUGAACCCGACUGGCUCCAUCAGCGUAGCCAAGGCGCUCAGCAGGCUCAAGAACCCAGUGGAGACGUGUGAGCUGGUCUACAGUCACCUGCAGAAACUGUUGGCGGUCAUCACACCGAAAAUGGAGGAGUCCAAAGAGCUCAUCCUCUACCACGGGGAGAGCUGGGAGCUAAUGCUGCGCCGUUGGGUCAAACUCGAGAAGGACUUCAAGACGGCCAACGGCAAGUUUGACAUCAGCAAGAUCCCGGAUAUUUACGACAACAUCAAGUACGACCUGCAGCACAAUCAGAAGGUGCUUCAGUUCGACGAUGCUGAGGAGAUGUACCGUGUGGCCAAAACGGUGGCCGACGUCAUAGUUCCACAGGAGUACGGCCUGACUCGUCAGGAGAAGCUCUCCAUCGGUCACGGUAUCUGCACGCCGCUGCUGAAAAAGAUACAGGCCGACCUGAGGCGUAACAUCGACGAGGGUGCAGAGGACGUCAACCGACUCAAUCCUAU